AAUAAACAACCAAGCAGACGAGAAGACCGAGCUUUCAAGGCUCUUAGAACUAUAACAAUAAUUCUAGGCGCUUUCAUAUUAUGUUGGACUCCUUGGCAUGUUUUAGCUCUAAUAAUGGGCUUCUGUCCAGCGUGCAUCAAUAAAUACCUCUACUCCAUAUCUUACUGGGUUUGUUACACGAACAGUCCUAUAAACCCUUUUUGUUACGCUUUUGCCAAUCAGCAGUUCAAAAAAACUUUUGUUCGCAUUUUCAAAUUGGAUUGGCGACGUACGUAA